AAUAGAUGGACGGUGUGAAUAUAAUACGUGCAUCACGGUGGGGCCCGCAAAAGUUGGUGACGUCGCUACUCGACCUGUCAGUAGCUAAUCCGCGGCUACCCCACCCUAUAUAUCUGAAACCCCCAAUUUCAUUUCUCAGCUUCGAUCGAAUUCUACAGCUCUCUCUCUCACUUCGUGAAACUCCAUCUCUGCUAGCUUUUCUCACUCGACCUCAAUUCAUCCCCACCGAAUCAUCUCUCUUCCUAAUAUCUUUACCUUCCGUUCGGAACAUCUCUCUCGAUCGAGGUAAGUAUCGUUAAAAUCGAUGAUCUGACGCUCCGAAUCAAGGAUAUGGAGAAAUCGGAGGCCGAAUUGCAGAUCUGUGUCGAGAAGCUGUGGCAGAAUAUUGAGGAGCGGGAUGAGAUGAUCCGGUUCAUGUCGAGAAGCUACGGCAGAACGCUGAGGAGCGGGAUGAGAUGAUCCGGUUCAUGUCGAGGAAGGCGGAUGAUGAGGAGGAUGUGAAGGAAACAGAGAUCCGUGGGCACGGAUCCAAGAGCAGGGCCACGUUUGGUAGGAAUGUGGAAGAAGGCUACGAUUUAGGGGAGUAUUGCAUGGAUUUUUUGAGGAUUGGGAGAAUUAGGGUUUCGCAGGGGUUAGAUCCGGUCCCUGGGGCUUGUUUCAUGGAGAGGAUUAUGGAAUGGAAUGCUGCUAAAGUGGACGGGAUGACAGUUCUUUACAAGCAGAGGAAUGACUUUGGGAGGGAUUUCUUGCCAUCAGCUUCUGUUGCUUGGAUGGAACGGUCGAGUGAAUGGCAGCAGGGUGGAAUAUCAAAUGGUGAAAUGAUAACCAUGAGGAUAGCUUUCAAGCCUACUUCUACAAUUGCAAGGAAACAACAUACAGUGACUAGAGACCGACAUGAGACUGAACUCAUUGCACGAGGACGCCAUAAUCCUUGUGUGGUCCCUCGAGUUAUGCCAAUGGUGGAAGCCAUGGUUGCUUUGGUUAUUUUAGAUCAACUGAUGGUGCGGUAUGCACAAUGCCAGCUGCUACCCAUCAACCCUUACCUCCAAGAACCUAUGGAGGCACCAAAGCUUGAGAUUGUGGAGAAACUUCUAAUUGUUGUUGUUGCAGAUGCUGAUGUUAGUGUUCGUCAGUCAGUCUUUCUAUCUCUGCAUGGAAAUGGAGGUUUCGAUGAAUUUUUGGCACAGGCUGAUAGUUUGAGUGUUAUCUUUGUUGCUCUUAAUGAUGAGGAUUUUGAUGUUCGAGAGUUUGCUAUAUUAGUUGCUGGCAAAUUGUCUGAAAAGAAUCUAGCAUAUGUUCUGCUUGCACUUCGUCGCCAUCUCAUACAAUUGUUGAUGCAUCUUGAGCAAAGUACAGAUAGCAAAUGCAAAGAAGAAAGUGAUAAGCUCUUGGGCUGCCUAAUUCGCAACCUAAUGUUACAUUAGAUGAAAUCGAAAAUCAAAAGCAACCUUCAUAUAAGGAGAUGGGUAGCUAUGAUGCAUUGAUUAUGCAGAAGUUUGCUGCCAUGCAGCAAUUGAAACGUGAGCUUGAAGCCAUCUCUGCCAUUGAUUAUCGGGGAAUUAUGUUAUUCCUGGUGAAGAAGUUCUUGCGGGUCUGUAUUGAUUUAGUUUAAUCGCUUCAUUGAGGUUGAGUUUAAAUGUUGUCAGUGGUUAUCUUCCUUUGGCAGGAACGUUUGGAGGAUCUAGCAGGUAAAGAUGCCCAAGAGAAAUCUGAUGCUGCUAUAGAAACCCUUUUACAAGAGCUUCCAGAUGAAAGAAAUGUCAAUAAAAGACCGGAUGAUUCAAAACAGAUACAGGAAAAGUCAAAGAAAAAGAAAAAGAGAGAUUAUAGAAGCGAUAAGAAUAUAAAUAUUUGUGGAACCUAAUGUUGUGUAAUAGUUUGAUUGAGUUUGUUUUGAAAACUUUAAGUAGACUGUUGUUAACUAUUUUGUUGGUAUUGUGGCUUUCAUGA